GGUGGAUUAGGGUUUUAAUUUCAUGGUACAUUUACGAUGAAUAUUUAUUCUAACAUCUUUGCGAAUUUUUGGAAAGUAAACGAUCAGAGAUUUUGCCUAAUUGUGCAUUAUUUCGGAUUUUCAGCACAUUAAUUGAGAUUUUUUUGGGAUCAGAUAAUCAAGAGGAUUGAUACUUUGUUUUAAAUUUUACUGGUUAGGGCUGAUUAGAGUAAUUGGCACUUGAGUAAAAUCUUAAUAUGGUUGUCAGUUGCUAUAACCUUGAUCAGCAAGUUGCCUUAAUCAUAUAAAUGUAUCUUUUCAUUGUGUCAAUUUAAGAGAGAAAGCUGGGAAAAGGAAGAAAUCUUGGAGUUACUUGAUUUUGCAUUAAUAAUAUUGAAUGAUAAGUAGCUAGCGUGUUGUACUUUGUUUCGCCUUACUCUUGAUAGUGAUAAUUUGAGCAUUACAUACUUCUAUAUGAAAUUUCCACAAUUUUUACCCCAUAUUGGCAAGACAUGAAGAACUUCUUUAAGCUAGUGGAAGUGACCAGCAAAAAUAGAGCACAUUUAAUUUUGUGCUGCGAGUGUAAAACAUCCUAAGCAAAGCUUUCAUGUGUCAAGGGAUAUUUCAUAAUUGCUAUCCUCCGAUGUUGGGAAGGAAGUUUUCGUGCACAAUAUCUUUGCCAAAGGCAGGGAAAAGUUGCGUACGGAGGCCUCUUUCUCCAACCCUUGAAAAGCUGAGGAACCUUGGUGCACAAUGGUUGAUCUUCACAAUAUACUCAGCAUAUGGUGCUACUUUGAAUUUCAGUUUGUGUAUGGCAGCAAAAGACAGUAGGGCGUGCCAUUUAAUCAUUUUGAUGCGUUCUUUGGUAUUACUAGCUCGUAUGUUCAUUUCUUCAUUAGUUGCUGGAGAGUUAGAUGGGCGUUUGUGUAUUGGGAUUUCAUCAUAAAAUACAAACAACAAAGGCACCACUCGUAAUGGAGCGAGCAGAAACCCGUAAUGAGAGUGGGCAUGUAAUUGAUAUAACAAGUAACAAUGAACCUUCCUCAUCUAGCACAACUCAAGAUAGACCCGUCAACGGGUCAAACUCACAGCAGAAUGAAGACCUGCCUACAACUAGUUUGAGUGAUCCUGUUUUCCAGCAUGCUUUUUCUACUGUUAAUGGAACAAAUGCAAGGAGUACACCAUUUGCUAGGAGGGGGGAUGGCCAUGGUCGUCGUAGGAGCCCAUUGAAUUCUGGCUAUUGGAUAUCUAUCGAAUUAGUUAUAACGGUAAGUCAAAUAAUAGCAGCCAUUAUUGUUCUGUCCUUGUCGAGGCAUGAGCAUCCUCGUGCUCCACUAUUUACAUGGGUUAUUGGUUAUGCUUCCGGAUGUGUUGCAACUCUCCCUUUGCUCUUUUGGCGAUUUCAUUAUCGCAACCAAGCAUCAGACCAAGAUCCAUCUCAGCCUCAUCAAGGUCCUGCUCCAAGCAGCCUUUCUGCUAUAGCCACCUCUUUCACUUCAUCUUCAAAUGCAAGGACGUCGGUAGGAGACACUCACAACACCACCGGUACGACAAUACCUGUAACGGUCUUGCUGAGAGCAAGACUCAAAGUACUUGUUGAAUACUUCAAAAUGGGAUUAGAUUGCUUCUUUGCAGUCUGGUUUGUGGUUGGGAAUGUGUGGAUUUUUGGAGGCCAUUCUUCUGCUUCUGAUGCUCCAAACUUGUACAGGUUAUGUUUAGUGUUUCUUACGUUUAGCUGUAUUGGUUAUGCAAUGCCGUUCAUCUUGUGUGCCACAAUCUGCUGCUGCCUCCCUUGUAUAAUUUCUGUCCUGGGCUUUCGGGAGGAUCCAUCACAGAAUAGAGGAGCCACUACAGAGUCGAUUAAUUCUCUGCCAACCUACAAAUUUACGAUUAAGAAGCAUAAGCAUGGACAUAAUAAAGAAACCCAAUCCGCUGCUAGUGAAGGUGGGGUUGUGGCUGCAGGAACAGAAAGUGAACGUGUCCUAUCUGGAGAAGAUGCAGUGUGCUGCAUUUGUUUGGCAAAGUAUGCAAACAACGAUGAACUAAGGGAGUUACCGUGUUCUCACUUCUUUCAUAAGGAUUGCGUGGACAAAUGGUUGAAGAUUAAUGCUUCGUGUCCCCUCUGUAAGAAUGAAGUCGGGGAGAGCGUUUUAACUGAACCGCAAUCAUAGAAGUAAGCAAGCAAGGCAGGGGUUUUCUAUUACACAUUAUGGGUGUUAAUAUGCAUAUGCUGCUUCUUUUAGAAUGUGUGUGUGUGUGUUUGUUUCAUAAUGAAGUGUUAAGUUUUGCAUUUCAAA